UUCCGGAACGGGGGCCGGCGGAUAGUCCGGAAGUGGAUGCGCUGCUCCGGACUGCCGCCGCUACCACCAACACAGCUUAUAGGAGGAUGCACUGGCACAGCUGGGUGCAGAAUGAUAUCCCAGCGUGAUAAAGGAGAAUUUGCCCGAUUCUACACUGUGAGCGAUCCAAAGAAACACCAGAAAGGAUACACCGUGUACAAAGUAACUGGCAGGAUUAUCUCCAGAAAAAACCCUGAAGAUGUUCAAGAGGUAAUUGUCUGGAAAAGGUACAGUGACUUUAGGAAGUUGCACAAGGAGCUUUGGCAGAUCCAUAAAAAUCUCCAUAGGCAACCUGAACUGUUUCCACCAUUUGCCAAAGCAAAAGUUUUUGGUCGCUUUGAUGAAGUUGUAAUUGAAGAGCGGCGGCAGUGCUCAGAGGAUCUUCUACAGUUUUCGGCAAAUAUUCCAGCUCUCUUCAACAGCGAACAUUUUGAUGACUUUUUCAAGGGUGGAGAGGUGCAUGAUGGCUCUGAACUGAUUGGCCCAGCUGAACCUUUUUCUGACUUUCUUGCUGACAGUUUAUCAGAUUGCAGUUCUGAAGUUACGAAAGAUCUCAGCGCACUUAGUGAUGUGACAGCGACCAGUCAUUCGGAGUGUGGCGGCUUCUCAAGUGACAGUGACCUCAUAUCUUUGCUUGUGGACACUGACUCUCUUGCCGAGCUUGAUGAUGGAAUGGCAUCGGCCAGGGACUCGCCAGUCAAGCAGCUUGUGUGUCUCAGUCCAUCUUCAGAGUCCAUCAAUAAAGACCUCCUUCGCAAUGAACCAGAGAUGAGAAGAGAUGGAGCCGAGGGUGGCAGUAGGGCAUCUGUUUUCCCUGGAAUUCCCAAGCCCAAAACGCAGAAGAAAGACUACCUUGAGAAAGCUGGAGAACAGAUCAAACUAGCUCUGCAGAAAGAAGCCGAGCAGGACUUUGAGGGUGCCUUCUCUUUCUACCGGAGUGGAGUAGACCUACUUCUGCAAGGAGUUCAAGGUGAAACAAGUCCCUUGCGCCGUGAAGCUGUCAAAAGAAAAACAGCAGAAUAUUUAAUGCGUGCUGAACAAAUCUCCACUCAACACCUAAAAACCUCUUCAGAAAAUGGAUCCUACCAGGUAAAGCCUCCGGGACUGCUAAGUUCAAGGCCCACUUGGAACCUGAGGAGCCCUGCAGAGGAACUGAAGGUCUUCCGAGUCCUUGGGGUGAUUGACAAGGUGUUACUGAUCAUGGAUAAGAGGACACAAGAAACCUUUAUUCUGAAAGGUCUGAGGAAAAGUAGUGAGUGCAGCAGGAACAAAAAGACCAUCAUCCCCCACUGUGUUCCAAACAUGGUGCGUCUGCACAAGUACAUCAUCUCAGAGGAUUCCAUAUUCCUUGUGCUGCAGCAUGCAGAAGGAGGCAAAUUGUGGUCGUAUUUAAGCAAUUUUUUAAAGGGAAGCACUGAAGAAAGUUUUCCCAUGUCUAACAGUGAAAGGCCUCUUCCUGUGGUGAUUCAUGGCGUGGAUGAAUUGAUUCCUGACACCGAAGACACUGGAAGCAGCAUUGAAUCUGGAGAGCAGAACCCUGGGAAUACUUUGCAGGUAUUGCCCAUGAAGACCAGCCUCACUCCUGUCUCGCAGGAUGACAGCAGCAUUGUAGAUGACGAUGGCGGCCUGGAUAGUUCUCAUGGUUUGCUUGACUCGGAUGGGACCUCUGAAGAGGAGUGCACCAAUAGUUACUUGACUCUAUGCAAUGAGUAUGAACAGGAGAAGAUUGAACCCGACUCUCUGUCCGAGGAGCCUCUUUUAGUAGCAGAGCCUCCGGUGUCAGAAACCAAGGAAGCUGCCACAUGUUCUCGAGCACAUUCGUUUCUCAGCAAUGACAGCCUGUGCUCUCCCAUCUCUGCACAAGAGCUUCAGUUUUUUACUGAUGAUGCCAACUUUGACAUGUUCAGUCCAAGCAGAACCACAGACUCUUUGAUGCUCUCUAAAAAGAGUCCCAUGGAAUUUUUUAGGAUAGACAGCAAAGAUAGCGCCAGUGAACUUCUUGUCCCUGACUCCGCAGAAAAGGUUCCAAAUUUGAAAAUGGACCUGGCCACGGGGCCUCCUUUUCUUUCCGUAUCGCCUGGGGACACCAGUUCUGGAUCUACCGAUGCUCUUGAGACGGGUGCCUUUACAGAUUUUGACAGAGAGUCGAACGAGUCGGUUCCCGUUAUUUCCUUUAAAGAUGCAGCCUCUGAAGAUACAGGGAGUUGUGACGAAGGUCGCCCAGACCUCCUUGUAAAUUUACCGGGUGUUUCCAGUCUUUCCAACGAACAAACGUUGGCAAAAAUGAGCGCAUUGGAAGAGCUAAAAGAAACUGUGGAAUUUGGAAAGCCAGAUGUUUUACAACUGAGCUACCACUUAGGCCCGGAGAUGGCCUUAGGUGGCACCAUCAAAAGCUCCGGCGCUUGUAAUGAAAAACUUGUAUUUGACCGGUUCAAUGUCAAAAAAGCAGACUGUUUGGGUGAUCGGAGUGCUGUUACAAAUGGCAUUGUAGGAGAUCACGACACCGGACUUACCUAUUUCGCUUCUCAGGAGGGUGGCUCUGGGGCCCUGGACCUUAGCAAAUUGUCUGGUGGUCUGCCUGAUGAGUUGGAAAAGAAGAUGGCUAAGCCCACACAAUUCCAAGAAGGGGAGCAUCCUCACAUACUGCUUUUUACAGAAGAGUUCGGCAGCGAUGGCAAAGGUGAAGAGUCCGAAAGAAAACGCAGCAGUGAUGAGGGUGCAGGGCAAGACAAGGACUUGUCCCAGAUCUUCCGAGACCUUGACGAACUUUUAGUUUUAGCCUCACAAGCUCACAUUCCCGAGGUGUGGAUUCGACACUGGGCCGUCGAGCUGGUGGUUGCCCUUGAUGCGCUUCACCAAGAAGGAAUUGUGUGCCGUGAUUUGAACCCAAACAACAUCUUAUUGAAUGAUAGAGGACACAUUCAGCUAACAUAUUUCAGCAGGUGGAGUGAGGUUGAGGAUUCCUGUGACAGCAGUGCCAUAGACAGAAUGUACUGCGCCCCAGAAAUUGGGAGCAUAUCUGAGGAAACCGAAGCCUGUGAUUGGUGGAGCCUAGGAGCCAUUCUUUUUGAAUUACUAUGUGGAAAGUCACUUUAUCAGUGCCAUCCAGCAGGGAUCAAUAGGCACACCGUGCUAAUCAUGCCGGAUUACGUGUCAGACGAGGCCAAAUCCUUAGUGCAACAGCUUUUACAGUUUAAUCCCACUGAGAGACUUGGUGCUGGAGCGGCGGGUGUGGAGGACAUUAAAUCUCACCCAUUCUUUGCCCAUGUGAACUGGCCAGCCUAGCUUCAUGAAACACUAAGCCAUCUGGACUGCUGCUUCAGGAGUGGCCAACACCACAACAGAGAGCGGAGAAGACAAUGGAUAAGAACACUCCAGGCCUUCUGAAAAAUGAACUUUUUAUGUUGUUCCUUUACUAUCUUUCAUAAUUUAUUGCUGGUGGGUUAUGAUUGCUAACACACUACUUGUUUUUUUUACAUGACAAAUAGCUCUCAGUCCCUUCAUAAAAAGCAAUUUAUUUAACACCUUUAAGCAGAUCAAUAGAAACACUAUAAGAUGACUCUGUACAUGUCUGUUUAUAGGUGUUAAUUACUGAGGAAACCAAGUAAUAUAAUUUAAAAAAAAAAAAAAAACUUACAAUUGUGCUGUUUAUAUAAUGAACACUUAACAUCUGCAAACCAAAUGUUCACUUUGAAAGGCUGACAAGAUACUUAUUUACAUUGUCAACGUGUUGCUGAUUAUGUAUGCCAAGGUACUGAACCAGAAUGAGAAGGGGAUUUAACGCGUAUUUUGUGUUUCUCUUAUUUAUUAGCAGUGCAUGAUGCUGAAAAACGAGAUGGCACUGGUGUCUGCCCAGGAGCAGCCGACCCGGUUUGUUUUACUUUAUACAUAUAUCCUGUCAUUGAAUUGAAAGUGCUUGUUUAAAGUGAACACUUUGUGCAAAUAAUGAGGUUUUGGUUAAGACAAACCACGUGUUUUCUUACUAAUAUAUGUUUACAUUUUUUUUUUUUUUAAGUUCACAAAGUUCUUAUAGGAAAUGUUUUCAGCUGAAAAUGAACUGAACAGACCUUUACAAUAACAAUAUUUUUUAAAGAUGCUCUGAAAUAUGAAUACCAUUUACAGGUUUUCAAAUGUGCUGCACUCAUAUUUAACACUAGAGGACAGGAGAGGCAAACAGCGUGUGCAAUUUACAGUGCUUAUGCAGUGAAUACAUCCAAAGGGUCCGACGCACAGUAAGUGUUGACCAUUCGCUGUCGGAGACUGGUGCUUGGUGAACAGUAGGGCCCAUCGUUUGAGCUCUUCUCAAUGAGAGAACUAGUGGCCACUGGCUGGUGUCACCUGAGGAUGAGAAUUGGAACGAAUUUAUCAUAGCAGGUCCUGAUUUUGGGAGUCAGUCGUCAUUUCCAAACUGAUCGAGAGUGGCAUGAGUGUGCGUGAGUGGGCUCAUGCUGGGUUUACUUACUGCUGUGUGCCCAGCGCUGCAAAAUGGGGCUCUGAAUUGGAUUAGAGUUGGGCUUUAAGAAAGUUCUGGCUUAGAUGUUUCAAAGCCACUUCACAGCAUAAAGGAAAAUCUGCUACUGACUACAGCUGUGUUACUCCGCUAAAAGUGUGAACCUUCUAGGAAACUUGUGUGCCAUUUAUUUUAUAAAUACAGACAGCUUUCAUGAAUUCUAAAAGCAGACUGAUGAAUAGCCCUCAAAUAGCAGGCACUGUUUUUGAGCUUUGGCAGAGAGCUCUCAAAGCUCAAUGUGGGUUCUUUUAUUGAAAACUCCAUUAAAACAUCCAUGUGGGUUCUAACUUCAGGAAAAUUGUGUAGGUAAAGCUGGUCUGAAUGUGUUCCUGGAUCAUUAUUGUGCUGUAUAUGGAGCUGGUGUCGAUCCGCAAGGGACAAACCUGGCAUGGCACGGCACGGCACAUGAGUUCAUCGCUUGGCAGACCACCCCACAAUUACGCACUCAGAUAAUUUAGAUUUGUCAUUCAGAAAGAUGGCAUGUCUUUAGAUUGUAAAAGAAAAGCAGCAUAACCCUGUGAAGAUGUGCAGGAACUCAAGUAGUACGUGCCAACUCCAUGAAGCUGGCAAUGGAAUCUAGGUCUCCUGUUUUGAGGUGGCACUUCUACCAGCAUUGCAACCUCAUAAAUUCGUGGGUGACAAUGAAAAACCUCAUUGGCCUUUUUGGGGCUUUUGUCCGUACCCCAUUUUAUAAACAAUAAAAACUGACCCAACACUGGCACUUAAAUAACAGAUGGAUAAGAGCAACAGUCCAUUUAUGUGCUCUUCAGUGUUCUGCUUGUCUAACAACUGUAUUGUCCUCACGAGCAGCAGGGUUCACAGUGUUAGCUGACUUCCAGUCACGUCUCUUCCUGGGGUGGAAGGAUUGGGGUCAGAAGUUGUGUCACUGUUUGUCCCAAAAGUUGUUCUCUGCUCCGAGGGAAACAAAAGUGGGUUAGUUAACGAUGGUGCAACUCUUCUCCUUUCCCUGUACAUUUCAUUAUUGAGUCAGGCAGCCGCUCCUUCAGCUUGCGUGUGUGACAAUACAUAAAUAAAUAUGUAUGAGUGUGUGUCUGUAUAAAUAUAUAUACAGUAAAAACAUAAAGAUAUAAAGAGUUGAGGUCUAAAGUUCCAGUUUAUUCAGGGUUGGGAGGCUAUUGCAGAAAUGACCAGAACCAUCAUGAUUGACUUCUUCAUUCACAGGUUCGUCAAUGAAUGCCAACUUCUAUCUUUUUCUGAAUGCAGAAGUUUCCAGGAAUAAGUGAGUUCAGAGACGUUUUUAACACUGUCUCUGUUUCUUUUUACAGUAGCCCUGUAAAUUUACAUUAUCUACACAAAUUUAUUGCCUACCUAAACCCAUCGUGGGGAGCAAUUUUGUAUACUUGUGCAAAGUCUCUCCUAGGGGACAACCCUAAUAAAGUACAAAUAU